UUAUACCUUCAAAUGGAGAGUUGCGAAGCUGUCUGCUCCAAAGAAUAGUGAAUAUAGUUAAACAAAGUGUUUUUGCCAUAAACUAUAAAAUGUCGAGGAAUGGCGAAGUGUCAUCUAAUCAAGGUCCGAGCCGACCGGGCAUGCCGAAGCUUGAUUUCAAUUCACUUGGUUCAGAAAAACGUAAAGGUUUGGAUCUGCCAAUAGGGGGUCCUUCUGGAGAUGGGGCAGCUUUCAAACCGUUCACUGCUAACCCGCCGCCGCCACCCAAGCCCCGAUUUCAGACACGGACUAUUAGAGAUGUGUUACCUGAUAACACUAGAGACAGGUGUAGAAUCUACCCAUCAAUGCAGUCAUCGGGCAAGCUGCAGUUGUCAGCAACGGAAGUAUAUGACUUUACUGCAGAUGACUUGCAGGACUUGGGCGAAAUAGGACGUGGAGCAUUCGGGGCUGUAAAUAAAAUGACACAUAGGAAAACAAACUAUGUAAUGGCUGUGAAACGCAUCCGCUCUACUGUAGACGAGAAAGAGCAGAAGCAACUGUUGAUGGACCUUGAGGUUGUCAUGAAAAGCAAUGACUGUCCCUACAUUGUUCAGUUUUAUGGGGCUCUGUUUAAAGAGGGUGAUUGCUGGAUUUGUAUGGAGUUAAUGGACACGUCGUUAGACAAGUUUUACAAAUUCAUAUGCGAAAGGAUGCAAACUCGAAUACCAGAAAACAUAUUAGCUAAAAUAACACUUGCUACAGUCAAAGCUUUAAAUUAUUUAAAAGAAAAACUUAAAAUUAUUCAUAGGGAUGUAAAGCCCUCCAACAUUCUGCUAGACAGGAGGGGUAAUAUAAAGUUAUGUGAUUUUGGUAUAUCUGGUAAGCUAGUGGACUCGAUAGCGCGUACUCGCGAUGCUGGUUGUCGACCCUAUAUGGCGCCCGAAAGGAUCGACCCAGGCCGCGCUCGCGGCUACGACGUCCGGUCGGACGUGUGGUCACUCGGCAUCACGCUCAUGGAAGUGGCCACCGGCGCCUUCCCCUACCCGCGCUGGGGUUCCGUCUUUGAGCAACUGCAACAGGUGGUACAAGGAGACCCGCCGCGCCUUACCAACAACAACAACUCCUUUUCUAACAAUUUUGUCAAUUUUGUUAAUACUUGCCUCAUCAAAGAAGAAACACAGCGUCCAAAGUACAACAGACUACUCGAGCACCCGUUCAUCAAAGGUAUAGAUCAGAGCAGGAUCGACGUCGCCGAGUAUGUGUGUAAGAUUUUAGACGCCAUGGAACGCAAUGGCGUCAGUCCGUUCACGACCGACCAGCCAGCGCAAGCAUGGGUCGAUUAAAAGUGGCUAUUAUACGAGUUGAUACUAUUGCAGACAUUUCAAAAUUUAACUUUACUCUAUUUAUUUUAUUGAAUAUCAUGAUAUUUUUACUACCAUGAAUUUGAUAUAUUUUUUUGUGAAAAUACUUCACUGGUUUGUUGUUAUUGACAUAAAAGAUCGAACAAUCACGGCUGGCCCCGAACCAGCGACUUUUUCACCAAACUGGGGCUAUCGCUCUACCAACUGAGCUAAGGAACGAGUUGCUAGACCUUAUGAAUUUCUCUAUAUGUAGUAAAUUUAAAAAAAGUCAUUUACUGCAGACAAUUUACAGUCCAUUUUAUUAACUAUCUAUUAUAUUAUUAGUACCAAAGUUACAGAAUAAAAAUAAAGAAAGUAAAAUUAAUAAAUGAAUGAAAUGUCUUCAUUAUACCUGCUAAGUUUACCUGAACUCCCAGGACGUGAAGUUUGCUGAGCCUAACAAGCAGUUCGGAGCCCCAACUGUACCCUAUCAUUUUAAGAACUCUGUUUGACCUCUCGAUUCGCAUUAGUGCGUAAAAGUCCUCUACACUAGCGGCGGCAAACAUGCCCGACGACGAGACAGUAGCAAUACAAACACUAUAUACAAAAUUCGUAGGGAGUUGUACGCCUUCUGAGUACAACUGACCCAUAGGCUACUUGUGUAGAAAGUCUGGCAGUGCUUGCUUUAAUAAGCGUUAUUUUGGUCUGAUGUGAUUGUUACAGAUCUUUGUUUUUUAUUUUGAAGACUUUCUUGCCGUAGCGCCACCUAUGGAUUUUUUUUUGUGUUUUUUCGAUCUUUUUGCCAAUAAUAACAUUGGACUAUACAGUUUAGAAGAAUACAUUAUUCUUGAUUCGGAUUAUUCUUGGGUUAGUAUUCUAUGCCUAAUUUCCGUGGCAAAUUUCAUUAUUUGUUACGGCUCCAUCAGCUCCAUCCACAUUGUACCUGCUCGUGAAUCUGCCUUGAACUAUCUUAUAAGGAUGUAAAGAAAGGCAACAGCGCCUAAGUAUUUAUAUAGUUUAAAAUUCAUACAAACUAUUUUGCUUUUAGUUUUUUACUAGGCACUUUUUUGUAUGUCAAGUGUGACGUAUGCCGCCGCAUCAUUCGGCAGAAGCCCCGAAAAUGUAUAUUAUGUUGUACAAGCACCUAUUAACAAAGUUGUUAUCGCAGCUUUGGUCUAUUAUUAAAUAAAUCAGACCCGUUAUAUUCCGGAAUUUAUUUUUUUUUUUCAAUAAAGGUUAGCUGUACUAAAUCGACGUUGAUAUAAUUGCUACUUUAUGUCUUAUUCUAAAAUUUAUUACAAUUUUACUAAAAAUUAAAUGUAAUUAAACUUAAAGACGUCCAAAGGUCACAUCAAUCCGCAACGUAGGCUUCGUCAGGUAGACACAAAUAUAAAUCAGCAACGGCCAUCAUCACAUUUCUGAAAUAUUAUUGUUUACUAACCAAAUUUAUCAAACACUUCUUCGAACUUUUAUUUUGGAAAUCACUCUAACAAGUUUUUAAGUAUUCUAGUAUAUUUGUUGAAAUUGAAAUGUGACCUCGUAACGCGACCUGGAGACACAAAAAAAGUGGAUUAAAACAUAGUUGCGCAAUAGAGACAUCGUGUGGCUCUAGAACGCUACUAUACCACAAUCGGUAGGAAUACUGUGUAUCUCUAAGACUGUGAUGGAUUAAAUAACACUUCACGAUACUAUUAUAUAAAAUCUCGAAUAUUAACUUAUUUUACACGACAGUAUAUUCGAAUAUAAAUAAUAAUAAUUGCCACGAAAAUUAUAGUGGACACUAACCUGAGAAUCCCUCUCCUUCGCUUGUCCAAUCUCCAGAAGUCAUACUAUAAAUGCACAGUCGUAUGGUAGCAGUGGUCAUAUUGUUGUUUCUUCUUAAUUUGAAGAAUUAUACUCGUUGUGGUAUUUUAAUAAGGUCUAUUUCACACGAGAUUAUUGCCAUUGUAUUUAUUUUUCUAUUGUUGUAAAACUUGUUGUAUUAUAGAGGGUUAUUUGUAAAAUACCAACAAUCUAGCAGGACUAUAUCACUACCAUCACAAAGAACAACUUUGGUUCCAUGACUUUUAAUAACUCAUCAGACUUAACUGUCGUGUUAAAAUAGAUAGCUCUAUAUAAUUUUGUGCGGUAACAAAAGAAAGCACUAGCGUAAAACCAGUCCCAUGUAGAACACAGGAGCAGGGUGAGAGUCUAAUUUACUACCAAAUAGAUUUAAAAAAAUUAGAAACAUAUUUAUCGUAAAUUUAUUAUGUUUUGUUAAGAUUCAUGGAACAAAAGUGUUUAUUUACGACGUUAGUAACAAGUCCAUGCAAGGUUGUCAGUAUUUUAGAAAUAGGCCUAUAUCUUACAUUUGUUUUAUUAAUGAGGUUUAAAAUGUUUACGAUAGUGUCAACGGCAGGCUUGUUAACUUUUCCGUCAUCUUACGCCACUGGUGUGUGCAAGGCAUUUUUUUUUUACAGUCUCCAGUGAGUGAUUUUAUUAUUGGAGAAAUUUUCAGGUUAAUUUUUUCUACCUAAUUUUGGUGGCAAUUUUUAUUAUUUAAAUAUUCUCACAAGUAUAGUAACCUAAAAUAUUAUUUAACGUUUCACCAUAAUGUGCUCGAAUACUUAAAUAAUAAUAUUGCCACCGAAAUUAGAUAGAGAAAAUUAACCUGAAAAUUACCCAUUUCACUUAUCGUUGUGACCUUGACAAAUAAAUCUAGAGGUUGUAUAAUGUAAUCAUAAAAUAACUCCCACUUCACACAUCGGUGGUGAAAAGGGGAAAAUCCACUUUUUAUACACAGGUGGUGAAAGACGGUAGAUAAUGGUACAAGCCCUAAAACAUUAGUGUACGCUAUAAUACAAUUGAAAUUCUUCUUACACCAAUUCACAUAUGCAACGUUAGUGAUGUAUGUUUGAAACUUUAAAUCUUGAAGGCGAGUUUUAUGUUGUAUCCUGGAAUUGUACCAAUGGGAUAAAACACAAACUUUUUGUAAAAUUAUAUGGAGUUAUCAUUGACUUACAAAUAAAAGCCAAUGGGAGUUAUUUGUAAAUUACUAGCAACCAGGACUUAUUUAAACAACUUUUGUUCCUUGACCUAAUAAUUCAUGAGAUUUUAUUUUCGUACAAAAAUAAAAGUAUUCAAAUAGGUCGCUCUGAACGAUGAUGACUCUUUGCGGUAACAAAACAAAGCGCUAGCGUAAUACAAAUUCGAUGCAAAACGCAGGAACGGGGAUGGGGGUCGUCGAGAAGAACGCUUGCACGUUUGAACUUACUACCUUACUAUCAAAUAUAGAUCCAAAA